AUGGUCUUUGGCCGUUCCCUGACCGAGUCGAGGUUGAUUAGCUCUGCCAACUAUGUGCGAACAGAGCUUCCGACGAGAAUUGCCCACCGCAUCCGCGACAUGCAACGGCUCCCCUACGUAGUAGUAACCAACCCACACAUGAACGAAGUCUACGACCUCUACUACUCCGCUUUCGACACCUUCCGCAAGGUCCCCGAAAUCAAAACGCUCGAAGACAACGACGCCCUAUGCGCCACCAUCCGCUCCAACCUGAAAGCGCACCUGACCGUGAUCCCCAAGCUAGCCAUGGGCAUACUGGAGUCAGCCGGACUCAUGGACGCCAAAGAGCUAGACAAGUUCAUGAACACAAUUCUACGAUCUCGCAUCUCGCGCCGUGUCAUCGCCGAGCAGCACUUGGCUCUAACCGACACCUUCCACGCCCCUUGGUUCUCCCCCGGCGCCAAGCUUUCGGAAUCCGAGUUCAUCGGCGAAGUCUUUUUGAAGUGCGUCGCCAAGGAUGUCGUCGAAAGAUGCGGUCAGGCCAUCCGCGACAUCGCGCAGCACGCAUAUGGGCCCGACGUGGCGAUCCCCGAGAUCAAAAUCGACGGACACCUGGAGGCCAAUUUCCCUUAUAUCCUCAGCCAUCUCGAGUAUAUCAUCGGCGAGCUACUCCGUAACUCGGUGCAGGCCGUGGUGGAGAAACACCAGCGUUAUAAGGAGAAGGUAGCGGCAGCGGGAGGGAAAACCGACGAGAUUGGCCCGCCGCCCGCGAUCGAAGUGACAAUUUGCGAAAGCCAGCAACACGUCAUCAUUCGCAUCUCGGACCAAGGUGGCGGCAUUCAGCAGGACGUCCUGCCGUACUUGUGGUCCUUUAGUAAAGGGCCUGCGAGUCAGCAGCUGCUGACGAAUCUGGAACAGGUGCCCAAGAUGGCCGCGACGAUGCAGGAGCUCAAGGUCGAGGGAACUACCUCUAGCGAAGCUGGGACAACGGUGGGCAAAUUGCAACAACAGCGGCAGGAACAGCAACAGCAACAGCAACAAAAACAACAGAUCAAAGGCAUUCACAACGGAAACAAUUUCCCCGGCGACCCGGGUUACUGCAAUUCGUUGGCGACGCUGACAAGCCGCCCGCCGAACCUACGCCUGGGCAUGGGGUUGCCUUUGAGCAGGGUGUACGCUGAGUACUGGGCUGGUAGCCUGGCGUUGCAUAGUCUGGAAGGGUAUGGGGUGGAUGCGUUCUUGCAGAUCUCGAAGCUGGGGAACAAGAAUGAGCAGCUGACGACGCGGGCGACGAUGGAUGCCGUUUAG